GAGACGGAGAAGAACCAUGGCUGAAUUCAGAGGGAUUCAAACCUCUUUGUUGCUGAUUCUGAUGCUUCAGUUUACAGAAGCAGCAACAGAACAACGUCUCACUGUCAGAGAUGGAGAUGAAGUCACUUUGCCUUGUAACAGUGUGACUGAGGACCAGAACAACUGUGACUCUACUGUGUGGUUCUUCACUUAUUUAAGAAGCAGCUCAGCAGUAGUUCUGGUUAGAAACGGGCAGAUUGAAGAAGCCAAAGCUGAAUCAGACAGACUGAGUGUUUCACAGAACUGUUCUCUGGUUAUGAAGAAGGUCACACGUGGAGAUGUUGGUCUUUAUGUCUGCAGACAGUUCAGACCAGGAGGACAUGAAGAUGCUGAGGUUCAUCUGUCUGUUGUUUCCAUGACCGAAGAGACGAACAGAGACGAGGUGACGUUAAGAUGCUCUGUGUGGACGAAUGAUCGAUGUAAACACACAGUGAAGUGGAUGAAUGGUGGUCAAGAUGUGGACAAAGACAACGAAGAAGUGAAGACAUCACAGUCUCUCUGCUCCGCCUCUCUGUCCUUCAUGACUUCUCACUUCUUUUACACAUCAAGCUUCACUUCAUUGAAGUGUGAAGUGACCGAUGGAGACAAAGUGAUGCAGUUUUCUCCCUCAGGUGAUAAAACAGGUGAAGACACAACAACAACAACCACUGGGGACACAAAAGCAGGAGACACAACGACAACUUCAGCAAUCAGAGAAGCUUCAGCAGAACCACAAAGCGGGUGGAGGCUCGUCUCUGUGUCCGUUGGAUUAGCAGCACUCAUAAUAAUACUUGUAGUCGUCAACAUGUGGAUUAGAAUUAAAGAGAGGAAAACACAGACGGAAGAAAACGCUGUGCGUUAUGAUGCAGAAGAUGACACAGUGAACUAUGAAAACAUGAGACCUGCUGCUGGAGUUUGAGCAACACGUCUGCAGAUCAGCUCCACCACCAUCUUCAUGGUGUCCCAGCUGCUGAUGUGGAGCCAGAUGUUGUCCUUCAUUGGGCUGCUGAGGUCCAAUAUUGAUCAAUCGUUCUCGGUCAUGUGAGCGAGCGACUUGCAGCUGGUGGUUCGUUCUCUCUGGGAACAAAUGACUUCAUUAGUAAAACAUAUUUACACAGACGGGAAUCAGCUGAAACUAAAGUCUGAAUAUGAUCCACAGGAGUGAUGAAGCAUUGUUUUU